CACGAGGUUUGGCGAUCCUAGGCUUUUCACGAACAUGACACGCCAAACAUUUUGCCCAAGGUUCCGGCUUCGAGGCUAGGUAACAUGCAUCGGCUUGCGCAACGUCGAGACGCGUGCCUCAGAGGUAAGAGAAUGUUGUCGCGCAUGGCACAUUGUGUGCUUACCUUGUUCAUGCUUCUCUGCCACACUGGACAGCUCCAAGUUUUUCUUGUCAUCACUAUUUGUUUACAUCCCAUUACUCCAUCCUGCAUGCAUAUGCAAAUAAACAAUCUCGGCUUCUCCACAAACUCUGACAGCUGCCCCCCCUCCAUUGGAUUUUACGGCACCUGUUUCGCAUUGUGCCACCCCGGUCCCUUGACGUUCAGCUUUCUCGUAUCCAGAGAACAGCCUUGCCGUGGACCAGGUUCGGAACAAGGGCCACCCCAACCGAACAUCUUGACAAGGUUUGGGAUCGCGUCAGAGAUCAAGAAGUGAAUCCUGCUCGCCUGUCCAUCUUGUCUUUCGACUCGUCUCAUCACGUCUGUGCUCGACCUUCUCUUCUCGCUCAGACACACGCAUGUACCGUUGAGACUACUGGUCUAUAUGUCAACU